AUGGCUUUACCAGAUUACAAUAUAUCACAUCACGGCGAAUAUAUCGCUUUGAUAAUGGCACCAUUUUCCGGCUCUACUGUUUCCAAUCUAUCAUCUGGAAAUAGUCAAGACCAAUGGAGAGUUGGGGUGGAUCUUACCAAAAUUGAUCAGCGUGAGAUUGAUGAUCCGGAAACCUUUUUUGGAUACUUUGAUGAACAGUUUUCAAAGUUGGAGUGGGAGUGGAUACGGCAUGGUGUAACUGGGGAAGCAAAUGUGUUGGUUGGUAUGGCAGUAGUGUCGCCAGACUCGAUCGUAUCUUCAUCUAUUAUCACUUUCCAACCCAAAAAUGAUCAUAAUCAAGACAUGAUUCGACGGUUUCAUUGCAUGUGGGCUCUCAAAGAAGCUUAUGUGAAAGGAGUCGGGUGCGGGAUUGUAACCAACUUGCAAGAUAUUGUGUUUUUAGUGUCAUCUUACAAUUCAAACAAUCCAUCAACAAUCAAGUUGUGGCAGAAGCAGCUGUCAGUAACGCUGAUGAUUCAUGGAAAAAUAUCUCAUGAUUGGUUGUUUCAGGUUCAACUAGUGGAUGAACAGCACAUUAUUUGCAUGGCAUCCACAUCAAAAUACAAAGGCGACUUGUCAUUUGAUAUUGUAAAAUGGAGCAAUGUGCUAGACAAUUGUGGUAUCCGUAUUUUAAACCAUGAUCCAUAA